GCUGCAGAACUGCAACCUGACUAAAGCCUGCUGUGAGAAUCUCCGUUCUAUACUCAGUACAAAACCAUCUCUGACUGAGCUACGCCUGGGAGACAACCGGUUGGGCACGUCAGGUGUUAAAGUCCUCUGCCAAGGUCUUCUGGACCCAAAGUGCCAACUACAGAAACUUCAAUUGGAGUAUUGUGAACUCUCGCCAGCAAACGCAGAGGCUCUCAGUUCUGCACUGCGCACCACGGCCUCCCUGACCGAACUCAACCUGAGCAACAACAAGCUGGGGGAUGCAGCUGUGAAACAGCUGUGCCAGGGCUUGCUGGAUGCGAACUGUAAACUGCAGUCCCUACAGUUGGAGAACUGUAGGAUCACAGAUGCCAUCUGUGGGGAUCUGGGCACCAUUCUCAGCGCCAAGCCAUCCUUGAAAGAACUCUGCAUCGGUGAGAAUAAGAUUGGCGAUGCAGGUGCCGCCCUCCUGUGCCAGAGUCUCUUGGAUCCAAAUUGCAAAAUAGAGAAGCUUUGCCUCUCAGUUGAGAGAAUGUGGCUCGCCUCUGUCCUCAGCAAAAACGGUUCCUUGACAGAGUUACACAUAGGUGGCAAUAACCUUCGAGACGAGGGCGUCGCUCAGCUCUGUGACGGACUGAUGGACCCCAACUGCACCUUACAGUCUCUCUGGUUGGGUAACUCAGAACUCACACCUGCU